AUGCCGAACAAGAAACGCAAGACGAAUGCGGUUGGCCAUGCUAAGGCCAAAAGAGGGACGACCAACCCCGUGGAUCUCAACUCCCUUAUUGCAGGCGGAGGAUCAGCUUCCUUUGGCGGGACCAACAUCUCGGUCACGCCGAUAGCACCCUUUGCGAAUGGAAAGGUAAACCCCCCACCACCACAGGCGCCCACGGCAUCGAUACCGACAAGAUCCUCGGAGAACUUGUCGCAGACACCGACCGAGAGCUUCGCGUCCAAGAACGCCCGCGCUAAGUCGCUGAUCAUGUCGACACUUGUGCCCGGAACGGAACCCUACAAGAUCGCCGAGUCUUACGAGAUGGCCACGGACAUCUGGAAGGCGCUGGAAUCAAAGUAUGGACCGAACGACAAGUCGCGCAGUGUUGCCGCAGCCACAGCAGGAGGUACAAGAGGAGGGUCACAAAGCAAACUGACGAGCAACAACAAAGACAAGGGCAACGCUGCUGCUACUCCAUCCGGACAACCGCAAGACCGCCCCUAUACCGACCUCGAGGCCUUCAGGCGCGAUUUCCUAGGUGACUGGAUAGAAGGGAAACCUCUGGACAAGUACAUUAACGCGUGCAAGGGGAACAUCGCGAACCUGCUAUCGCAGCCACAUGGGUUUGAAGCUUCUGUCAGCACUGCUGCCAAUGCUGCUGCUGCUAAUGCUACUGCCGCCGGUAGUAAUACUGGUACUACGCCUGUUCGCACGAAACAACAAACCGUCCCCCAAGCGCGCACACAGACAGAAACACAACAACAAUCGUUACCGCAGACGCAAACACCGGCACAAACACAACCAGUCCCACAGGCACAGACCCAGACCCAGACCCAGACCCAGACCCAGACCCAGACACAGACACAAACGCAAACACAACCAGAAUCACCAUCAAAAGCUGCAAAGCAACAGCUCCAGCUCCAGCAGCUACAGAUACUGAAGCAACAACAGCAGCAGCUCCAGCAACUACAGCAACAGCUGGAGGCGACUGACCAUGGCACUCGGACACUGCCAAGGGCGUCCACGAACCUGUCCACACUCAAGGGAGAAGCGAUGGAGAUGACAGUAGAAGCGGCCCUGACCCAAACCCGACCGCGGAGUGAGGCCGGCCCGCCGUGUCACCCGGCGGCCACCGUCGACGGCGCCGAAGAAGACGACGGUGCCGCCACGCCGUCGAGACAAAGGUUCGUCAAGCACGACGCCUUUCUGUGUGAGAACCUGGUGACGGCCAUCACGUACGGGGACGUACAGAGCAAGAGGCAGAUCCAGGCAGCCUACACCAAGAUCCUCAUGCGGAAACUGCCCACUACCGAUCUCCAGCUGUUGUGGGCCAUCAUGUACAGCGGCGACGAUGCUCCGUGGCCCGGCUCAUAUUCCUCGGUCAUCCCGGGAGUGACCACUCCGACUUCGAGCACGCGUCUUUCCCAGGUAGACGAAAGAUAA